ACUACCUUCAUUAUUCAUAGCCAUUCCUAGUCAUUCACACCCGCCAGUGCAGCUCGACGCCCCCUUCAAGUCCAAGGGCAUCGUAACCAUGGCGGUCGAAACAGUCUCCUUGCAGGAGCGCCUCGAGCGAUGGGCUCAGAGACUCCAGAACCUCACAGUCUCUCCCCUCACCAGAGAUUAUCCCGACAACCAGAAGCAGGAGCUUCCCAAGAGGGCAAUUGAAGCUUUCGAGUCGAUCAAAUUGUCCAAGGAGACCCAAUCGGCCCUACAGAAGAUCUCCGGCUCUUCGUCUGGGUUUACUGUCUUCCUGACGGCCUUCGUCGUGCUCGUCGCACGUCUCACCGGCGACGAGGAUAUUGCCAUCGGAACCAGCUCCAAUGACGAUGGUCGCCCCUUCGUCCUACGGGUCCCAAUUGAGGCAUCCGAAACCUUCCUUCAGCUGUAUGCCAAGGUCCAGAAGGCAUUCGAACAAGGAUCUGCCGAGAUCGUACCUUUGGGUAGUCUACGGUCCUAUAUCCAAGAAAAGUCUCAGUCCGAGCGUUCUCCCGUCCUCUUCCGCUUCGCUGCCUACGAUGCCCCUGCUGCUUCUCAGGAUUACCCCGCCAACACUUUCGAGACGACCGACCUGGUCGUCAACAUCGCCCCCAUCAGUGCAUCGGAUGGCUCCACAACCCAGGCGGAAUUGGGUGCCUACUAUAACCAAAGACUUUUCUCCAGCGCGAGGAUUUCUACCAUUCUCAAGCAGCUUGCCCGCUUGGUUGAAAAUGCGACCAGCAACCCGGAACAAGCAAUUGGGCGCAUUGAUUUCAUGACUGAGGACCAACUCGCCCUUCUUCCCGACCCUACCUCCAACCUGAACUGGUCCAACUUCCGGGGUGCUAUCCACGACAUCUUCUCUGCAAAUGCUGAAAAGCACCCAGAGAAGCUUUGCGUGGUUGAGACUAAGUCGGAGCGUUCCCCUCACCGCGAGUUCACAUACAAGCAAAUAAAUGAGGCAUCGAACAUUCUGGGCCAUCAUCUGGUCCAAUCGGGUGUGGAGAGAGGCGAUGUCGUCAUGGUGUACGCCUACCGUGGUGUCGACCUUGUGGUGGCCGUGAUGGGUAUCCUGAAGGCUGGCGCGACCUUCUCCGUCAUUGAUCCAGCCUACCCUCCGGAAAGACAGUGCAUCUACCUUGAUGUGGCUCGCCCUCGAGCACUGAUCAACAUUGAGAAGGCUACCAAGGACGCUGGCGAGCUGUCCGAUGAGGUCCGCUCAUUCAUUGACAAGAAUCUGGAGCUCCGCACUGAAGUUCCUGCCCUUGCCCUUUGCGAUGAUGGCUCCCUUGUGGGCGGAUCGAUUAAUGGGCAGGAUGUCCUGGCCAACCAAGUUUCAUUGAAGGCCCAGCCUGUCGGCGUCGUUGUCGGACCGGAUUCCACCCCUACAUUGUCUUUCACUUCUGGCUCCGAAGGCAGACCCAAGGGUGUCAAGGGUCGUCACUUUUCUCUCGCAUACUACUUCCCAUGGAUGUCGGAGACCUUCCAGCUUAACCCCAAUGAUCGAUUCACUAUGCUCAGCGGUAUCGCUCACGACCCGAUCCAGCGAGAUAUCUUCACUCCCCUUUUCCUGGGGGCUCAGCUCUUGGUCCCUGCCCGGGAAGACAUUCAGAACGAAAAGCUCGCCGAAUGGAUGCGCGAAUACGGGGCCACUGUUACCCACCUUACUCCUGCCAUGGGUCAGAUUCUUGUUGGCGGUGCUUCGGCACAAUUUCCCACUCUUCACCAUGCCUUCUUCGUCGGUGAUAUUCUGAUCAAGCGCGACUGCCGCUCCUUGCAGGCAUUGGCCCCGAACGUCAACAUUGUCAACAUGUACGGAACAACUGAAACACAGCGUGCUGUCAGUUACUUCGAGAUCCCGAGCUACUCGAGCGACGAAGGCUACCUCGACACCAUGAAGGACGUUAUCCCAGCAGGUCGGGGAAUGCUUGACGUUCAGAUGUUGGUUGUGAAUCGCUUCGAGCCCAGUCGCAUCUGUGCCAUCGGUGAAGUUGGCGAAAUCUACGUUCGCGCAGGUGGUCUUGCAGAGGGCUACCUGGGCUCACCGGAAUUGAACGAGAAGAAGUUCCUCAACAACUGGUUUGUUGAUAAUGACACGUGGGUUCAGAAGGACAAGGCCGAGGGUUCAAACGAACCCUGGAGGCAGUUCUACCAGGGCCCUAGAGAUCGCCUGUACCGUAGUGGAGAUCUUGGCCGAUACACUCCUUCGGGAGAGGUCGAGUGCUCGGGACGUGCAGAUGACCAGGUGAAGAUCCGUGGUUUCCGUAUCGAGCUGGGAGAGAUCGAUACUCAUCUGUCCCGCCAUCCCUUGGUGAGAGAGAACGUCACCCUGGUGCGACGUGACAAGUUCGAGGAGCGGACUCUGGUCAGUUAUUUCGUGCCGGACAUGAGCAAAUGGUCCGCUUGGUUGCAGGAGAAGGGCUUUGAGGAUGAUGACUCCGCUGAGGGCAUGAUUGGCAUGCUUAGACGCUUCCGUCCUCUUCGUGACGAUAUUCGUGACUUGCUUCGUAGCAAGCUCGCCUCCUACGCCGUGCCGACGGUGUUCAUUCCCCUCAAGCGCAUGCCUCUCAACCCCAACGGCAAGAUUGACAAGCCUGCGUUGCCCUUCCCUGAUACCGCAGAGCUUAGCGCCGCGGCUCCUCGUCGCAAGUCGUCCGUGGUUCAAGCUCUUUCGGAAACCGAGCAGGCGCUGGCUUCGAUCUGGGCCCAACGCAUCCCCAACCUCACGGCUCGUAUGAUCGGACCCGACGACUCUUUCUUCGACCUCGGAGGACACAGUAUUCUGGCCCAGCAAAUGUUCUUCGACAUCCGACGCAAGUGGCGCGGAAUCGACAUCAGCAUGAAUGCUAUUUUCCGCAGCCCUAGUCUCAAGGGGUUCGCUGCCGAAAUCGACCGUCUGCAGAACUUCGAGUCUUUCGCCACCAACGACGAUCGUACCACUGCUGAUACGGAUGCCUCGGUUGUCCCUGAUGAGCUCGAUGAUGAAUAUUCCAAGGAUGCACGGAAGCUGGCAGAGACUCUGCCUGCCUCUUUCCCCACCCGUACCGAGCCCAUCCUUUCCAGCGAGCCAACCAUCUUCCUGACUGGUGCUACUGGUUUCUUGGGCGCACAUAUCCUUCACGAUCUUCUGACUCGCAAGUCGCCCACGGCCAAGGUCGUGACUCUGGUUCGUGGCAAGUCCGAUGACCAGGCGCUCGAGCGUAUCCGUUCCACCUGCCGCGCGUAUGGUUUCUGGGACGAGGCAUGGACUAGCAGGCUGCAAUGCGUGUGCGGUAACCUGGGAGAGCCCCGCUUCGGUUUCUCGGAUGCUCUUUGGGAUGACUUGACCAAGCGUGUGGAUGCCGUGAUCCACAACGGCGCCCUGGUGCACUGGGUCUACCCUUACUCUACCCUUAAGCCUGCCAACGUCAUGGGUACGAUCGAUGCGCUUAAGCUCUGCGCAACCGGCAAGCCCAAGCAGUUUUCCUUCGUCAGUUCCACCAGCGUUCUCGACAGCGAUCACUAUGUCUCGGAAUCCGAGCGUAUUAUUGCGGCUGGCGGCGCAGGUAUCAGCGAGGAGGAUGACCUUGAGGGCAGCAGCGUGGGACUCGGAACCGGUUACGGCCAAAGCAAAUGGGCUGGAGAAUACCUGGUCCGGGAGGCUGGCCGUAGGGGUCUGAAGGGAACCGUCGUUCGUCCUGGAUACGUCCUUGGUGACUCCCAGACAGGAACCACGAACACCGAUGAUUUCCUCAUCCGUAUGAUCAAGGGAUGCAUCCAGUUGUCUUCUCGUCCCAACAUCAACAACACCGUCAACAUGGUCCCCGUGGACCAUGUCGCUCGCGUGGUUAUCGCCGCCGCUUUCCAGCCUCCUUGCACGCCCAUUGGCGUUGCCCAGGUCACAGGACACCCCCGACUCCGGUUCAACCAGUUCCUGGGUGCUCUCCAAUUGUACGGAUAUGACGUCCCGCAGGUCGAUUACGUUCCCUGGUCCAAGUCCCUGGAACAGUACGUCAACGACGGACAGCACGAUGACCCGGAGUCUCAGCACGCACUCAUGCCCCUCUACCACUUCGUGACCUCCGAUCUCCCCUCCAACACCAAGGCCCCCGAACUCGACGACGUCAACGCCGCUGCCUCUCUCCGUGCCGACGCCGCCUGGUCCGGCAUCGACGCCUCCGCCGGAGCCGGCGUGACCGAAGAGCUGGUCGGUCUGUACGCCUCUUACCUCGUCAAGAUUGGAUUCCUUCCUCCCCCGACCGCUGCGUCGACCGCAGCUCGUCCGCUCCCCACGGCCCAACUGAGCGAGGAUCAGAAGAAGGCACUUGCGAAUGUUGGUGGUCGUGGCGGUUCCGCAUAGAUUCAGACUUGAUCGCUAGCGUGCUUAUUCUUUUUGGUUCUUCUUGCGUGGGUUUAUAUGCUAUGAUACAUAUACAGCGUUAUGACGUUUUGGGUAGUACAAAAGUUCUUGGAUGGCAUGUUGGAUUAUAAAAAUGUGUACAGAUGGAACCAGGGUGAUAUAAAUGCUGAUGUUUGGUUGGUUGGGGUUAGAGGGUAGAGGUGGAUGACUUUCUAUGGAUAAUGAAUAUAUUUAGAUUCUUUUUUAGAUUGAUG